UUCAGCAAACUUCCUAUCUCGACUCUCCUCUCGCGGCGGCGGCGGCGGCGGCAGAUCAGGCGGCGGGCGCCGGACGUGAGGUGCCCAUUUCAUCUCCGUCCCCGAGCCUGCAGCGCCUCUCUCCUCUCGGUGGUCUCUCGUCGAACGGCGGCCGAGCUGCGGCGGCCUGAGGGGUGACUUUGACGGCAAACCGGAGCAGUUCCUGCGGCGGUGCCACCGGUUCCUUACUGAUCCCAUCGUGGCCGCGGUGAGCUCCCCGGAGCUGUCUGUCAGGUUCUUCCUAGUGCGCAAAAGGCUGUCAAGCCCGUCAAAUUGCAAUUGCUCCGAUGCAUAAAAGGCAUGCUAUAUCUUGACAUCCUACCAGCUCAUGAAUGAAUGGAAGGAAGCGGCUACGCAAGGUUCGAAAGAAAAAAUGAGCCAGAUUCGCGGUGAAAUUAGAAGCAAUCAAGCGACCCAGGAUCCAGGGAUCAGUGAACGUGGGAUGAGCUGAUGACAUCGAAUGAAUCCUCUAGCUUCCAGGGGUUCUACAGGAACCUCCACACACCCGCGGUGCUCAUCGGAGCCGGGUUCGUGCUCGUCGCGCUGCUCAUCUCGCUCUGGCUUAUACUGCAGCACCUUAGAUCGUACAGAAACCCUGCGGAGCAGAAGUGGAUCAUAGCUGUCCUUUUUAUGGUGCCUGUAUACGCGUCUGAAUCUAUAAUAUCGCUGUACCAUUCGGAAUUCUCCUUGGCCUGUGAUAUAUUGCGGAAUUGUUAUGAAGCAUUUGCUUUGUAUGCCUUUGGACGAUACUUGGUUGCAUGCCUGGGGGGAGAACGGCAGGUUGUUGGCCUGCUUGAAAAGGAAAGAAUGGAAGAGCUAAGUGAACAGUUGCUUGAGAGUCAAGAGAAGGCAAAAUAUCGUAAUCACAGUAGACUGCGUGACUUCUUUUGCGAUCCUAAUGCACUGGGGCAGAGCUUAUACACAAUUAUAAAAUUCGGCCUUGUGCAAUAUAUGAUUCUAAAGACAUUAUGUGCUUUCCUGGCAUUCGUCUUGGAGCUUUUUGGAGCAUAUGGAGAUGGUGAAUUCAAGUGGAACUAUGGAUACCCUUACAUCGCUCUUGUCAUAAAUUUCAGCCAGACAUGGGCACUGUACUGUCUGGUGAAAUUUUACAAUGCAACACAUGAAAGGCUACAGGCAAUAAGGCCGCUAGCCAAGUUCAUAAGUUUUAAGGCCAUUGUAUUCGCCACUUGGUGGCAGGGAAUCGGAAUCACCAUCAUCUGCCAUACGGGGCUCGUGCCAAAGGAGGGCAAGGUGCAAAAUGGGAUUCAAGACUUCCUGAUUUGUAUUGAGAUGGCUAUCGCAGCCAUCGCACAUGCAUUUGUCUUCGGCGUGGAGCCGUACCAGCACAUCCCAGUCCAGGACAGCGAGCACGGGGAGGUGACCCGUGAGGAAAGUAAAAUGGAGGUGAAGGUGGAUGUCGAUAACAACAGCAAUGCGGUGCCGGCCACCAUGGAGCAGAAAGAGACAAAUGUCAAGACUCCAGGAACAAGCAUUAGAGAGAGCGUCGAGGAUGUCGUCCUCGGUGGUGGACACCAUGUUGUCAAGGAUGUGGCCCUAACCAUCUCGCAGGCGAUGGAGCCCGUGGAGAAAGGCGUUGGGAAGAUCCAGGAGACCUUUCAUCACGUGUCGCUGAAACCAGGGGACAAGAAGAAACCCGACAUCGAGGUGGAGGAGCAUGUCACCGAGAAUGUGGUGGACAACGGUGAAGCUGUUGCAGUCGAUGCGGAGGUGGAAGUUGAAACAAGGGUAGAGGACAAGAACGAUAGUGAUGGAUCUACGGAGAGCUCGAAAUCGAAAGAAUAGAAGGCAUGCAAGAGCAACUGGUUCUUAAGAACAUGGUACACUCGUGCAUUUCCAGAAAGAAAACUGUAAAUAAAACUAGUGCAUCUCUACACUUACCAUGAUAUGAUGAAGUUUUAAACUGAAAA